CUUCAGUUCAAACCUUCUGUAUACUAUCCUUGGUCUUCUAUUAAAACCAUUAAAAUAAGUCACAUAUUUGAAGCAAUAUCAUCCUUCCUGUUGGGGGGGGUGGGGUGGAGCAUGGAGGCGUGACAAGGUUCUGUAUAACAGAAGUAUGUCCAUGCAGACUGCCUGUGGCAUGACACCUGAAUCAAUAUGGUGGCAAGGAAUUCUGCUUAAACAGCAGGUACGACAUUGUUUCUCCAGUCUCUGAUUGGGGAUCAGUUGCUCAGUAAAUGUACCUGUUUAUAUGCUGUUAUUACUUCAGGAAGAGAGGGAGAGAGGGGAGCUGUGUGCAGUGAGCUUCACAACUCUUGUGCUUCCCACUGAGCAGCAAUUACCCUGUGGUGAUUCUCAUCUCUGUGCACCUGAAACAUUGCCAAACACACCUGUUCAUCCAUAGGCAACACCCUGACAUAACAAGGCCAGGGAGGGGGAGGGGCAGGGGGAGGAUGCACACGCACACUUCUCUGAUGUUAGGGUUCAUAGCCCUUGGACUCCUGGUAAGAGUUAAUCACAUAGCACCUAGGAAAGUUCUCUCCAAAUGACAAAACAAGUUUCCUUAUGAGUAAUUUGGUCAAGUGGAGUUUGUUAUACUGAGAUUUUCCUCGUAGCACCAAAGCAGUGGCAGACAAGCACCCACAGCAAGCCAAUCGACAAUGUGUGCAUUCUGUGCUGGUCAUGCACAAUGUGUGCAUUCUACCAAUGCAGAGAUUGGUCAGAAACUGAUCGGGCGACCGAAAACAUAGCUUGUUGCUUGGUCUAGAAUCAGUCGUUGAAUGCAUCCCCUUGAUUGUCGUCUGUUCUUGGCACUGUGUGUAAAAUAAUCUGUCCAUCUCUAUUCUUUUUUUUUUUAUUAUAAAUACAUUUUUUGUACCAACGCCCAUUAAGGAUAAUUGGGUAAAAUCGGGAAGUUUGAAGAGACAAGAAAGCAAAAAGUGUUAAUAACCGACUGACGAUGAAACAAACCUCCACGAACCUAGUCCAAGUACCAAAACAGAAGAAACGAAAAUAUGACGAUAGCUAGUCAUCCUGAUGUGCUGUUAUGUUGCAUGGAUCCGGCGAAUACUCCGGGUUGAGAAGACGGGCCACAGUGGUACUUUGGAUCCGAAGGUGACUGGCUGUUUAAUUGUGUGCAUAGAACGAGCUACCCGAUUGGUCAAAUCUCAGCAGAGUGCAGGCAAAGAGUAUGUGGGAGUUAUCCGACUGCACAAUGCUAUUGAAAGUGAGGUUCAGCUUUCCAGGGCAUUGGAAACUUUGACAGGCGCUCUAUUCCAGCGACCACCUCUUAUUGCUGCUGUCAAGCGACAACUCCGAGUCAGAACUAUCUAUGAGAGCAAGAUGUUAGAAUAUGACCCUGAAAAAAGAUUAGGUAUUUUCUGGGUAAGCUGUGAGGCUGGAACAUACAUUCGAACAUUAUGUGUCCAUGUUGGUUUGUUACUUGGAGUUGGAGGCCAGAUGCAAGAGCUUCGCCGGAUCCGUUCUGGAGUUAUGGGGGAGAAGGACCACAUGGUGACCAUGCAUGAUGUGUUAGAUGCUCAGUGGCAGUAUGACAAUUACAAAGAUGAGGGUUACCUUCGUCGGGUUAUUUAUCCUCUGGAGAAGCUGUUGACAUCCCACAAACGGCUGGUCAUGAAGGACAGUGCGGUUAAUGCCAUUUGUUAUGGAGCAAAGAUCAUGCUUCCUGGGGUUCUUCGGUAUGAGGAUGGCAUUGAAGUCAAUCAGGAGGUUGUAGUCAUCACUACCAAAGGGGAAGCCAUUUGUGUGGCUAUUGCCUUGAUGACUACAGCAGUUAUUUCUACCUGCGACCAUGGUAUAGUGGCCAAGAUUAAGAGAGUGAUCAUGGAGAGAGACACAUACCCUCGGAAAUGGGGUUUGGGCCCAAAGGCAAGUCAAAAGAAGAUGAUGAUCAAGCAAGGUCUUCUGGAUAAGCACGGAAAGCCCAAUGACAGCACGCCUACAGCUUGGAAGGAUGACUAUGUUGACUAUAGUGCAUCUGUGAAGAAAGAACCAGUUGCAGUCCCAGUUGAACCCAUGAAGACAGUAAAGACAAGGAAGCGGAAACGAGAAGGGGAGAGUGAAGAGGAAGACGAUGAUAAUGACGCUGAGUACAGCGAUUAUAGUGAUUAUGGGGAUUACAACGAGGAGAAUGGUGAAGAAGAUGAAGAAAGCAGUGAGGAGGAAGAAGCCAGUGAAGAUGAAGGAUCCAGUGAAGAGGAUGCAACUGGUGAAAUGGAGGAAGAGGAAGAAGAGGAGGAGGAGGUGGUAGGAAUAGAAAGUGAUAGAGAAGGUGUUGAAGAGGAAGCAGCUGUUGAGGAAGAUGAUGGUAAUGAUGAAGAAGGUGAAGCUUCUCAACUGGAAGUCAGCAAAAAAGGGAAGAAAAAGAAAAACAAAAAAGAGAAAAAGGCUAAAGUUGUGGUAGAGAGCACGAGCAAAUCAAAGGAUUCGGGCACGGAGAGCACCAAGAAGAAGAAGAAAAAGAAGAAAGCCAGACUAAUGGCAGAGGAUUCUGAGUAGUGAGUGUCCAGCUUGGGGGAGAUGAUGGAAGCCUUAACCAAGAAUACCAACUCUCCACAGCAGAUUGGGAAAUGACAAUGUACCCGAAGGAGGAGUGGGCAGUGGCAUGCCAUUGACCCUGCUACUGGGAAUAUACUGCGGGCUUCUGUGGUUUGGGAAUAGGGUAAUCCCAUCUUGUCCUGUUUUAAGGAUAUUUGCAAGGGCAUGGGUGAGAAAUAUAUGCAAAACUGCCCGACAGAGUAGCAGAUUCUGUACUAUAGCUUACAUUUAGAGCAGCAGGUGGCCACAUAUACUAGUAGCUGUCUGCAGCUGUUCUUUUUAAUUUGCUGGUGUUUUAUCUAUUUUAUGUCAUGAAAUGAGGGUGUUGAAAUGGUCUUUUUUCCUUGUUUUCCUUUGUCAUAAAACAUUGUUAGGUUUUGCACAGGACAGAAGCCUCCAUCGCUUAGUGGGGGUUAGCUGUAGUGCGGGUUGUGGUCGUGCAAAAAACUUAAAUGUCUAAAGAGGCCCCAAAGCAGCUUCUUCUCCACAGACUUCCUGAGCUAAGUCACUUUUUCCUCUCUCCAAACGCACCUCCUGGCGUGGAAUGCGCUUCUUCCCUCAAUACAGUAUGCUGUGUAUUGGUGAGCCUUUGGGGAAAAAGGGUUCUUGGUUUGUUCCUCCUGUUCCAAAUCUUCUGAGCCACCUUAGACCCCAGAUGCUGGAGAUGGGUUGCGAUGGAGUUGGAACCAUCCUUACCACAUAUGUAUGUGUACACACACACACACACACACACACACACACACACACUGAUUCUGCACCCAUCUCCCCCCCCCCUCCCCAACUAGUUUGGGGAGAAGGUGGGUGGCUAUCUUAUGCAGGGGAGGAAAAAAGUUGUAAUUUUUAUUUACUUAUUAAAAAUAAUAAAACAUAAGAAUUAGUUUUUAAGGA